ACUUAUUUUUAACUCACAUAUAGAAAUGCACGUGUCUCUCAAAAGCAUCCAAAUCGGUUUAACCCCUCAUUGCUGUGGUUGUUAGUUUAUCUGCAUACUUUUCUGAAUUUGGUUUCCGGAUUGUUUGUGUGUCGUGGUGUGUUCGUGUUGCUGCAUGCUGUAAAUGUAUUUCGCAGAUACACGCCAAUCUUAUAGCACAUAAUAGCACAUGCGUGUCUGGUAUGUUUAGAAAUGUUAAAUCAACACCCUUUCGUUAGUCAGGCGGACUGUGGCGAAUGAAUCGGUGUGUUCGACUUCAUGGGGCGCUGCGCAGACCCUGCAUCAAAGUACCGCGAGAGCAUAGCUUUCGAAUCGUUAUCGCGGUACUUUGAUGUCAUACGCCGAUUGGCCUGCGCAGCACUGUACAAAGUCGAACACAUCAUGUAAGUAUUGCUCCAACACUCGAGAUGAAUAUAUAUUUAUUUUUCUCUGUGUUUGGCUGUCCAUCCAUCAGCAUAUAACAUGAAUCAUAUAAUCAUUGACCAGAAACCAUAUAAGCAGCACAAUCUUGUACUGUGCCUUAAAACUUAAGUAAACCCACAAACUUCUCGUCAGCAUUCACACUUGUCAAACACAAAAAACUGUUAAAAGCAGUUUCCUUUCAUUGGUGACUUAGAACCACCCUCACUAAUACAAGAAAGCUCACUUAACUGAUCCCAGGUCAGUGUUCGUGUGUCUUUUUACAAUCAUUAUUCUUAUACUUAAGCAGCUGUUUCCUGAUUUUAACCCUCAGUUGCAUGAGGGUCAGUUUUGAAACUGUUAACUGGCAUUUCUGUCUCUCUGAACUCCGCAGGCAUGCUUUUUGGAUUCUGUAUACGCCGUGGCAUCCUCACCUUAGCGCUCUCACUCCUUUUAUCCCCCAGCAACCCUUCUGAAAACACGGUGAAGGGGGCUGAAUCUGUAAUCCGUAGGAAUGACUUUUCAGUCAUCUGGAAUAUGCCUACAGCUCGAUGCCAGCGUCGAUACGACGUCUCUCUGCCACUGCACCAGUACAACAUCAUACAUAACUCUGAGCAGAGAUUUCUGGGUAUGAACAUGAGCAUAUUUUACCAGCGACGUUUGGGCCUCUACCCCUACAUAAACCGUAAAGGGUCAAAGGUUAACGGUGGGGUACCUCAGCGAGGAAACCUAAAGUCUCAUCUUAUUUUGGCUGAGGCGCAGAUUACUGAAGUCUUCAAACGGACAUUCAGCGGGUUAGCUGUUCUAGAUUGGGAAGCGUGGGCACCCAUAUGGAUGUGGAACUUUGGAAACCGAAUGGAAUAUCGGAAACUUUCAAAGCAGCUCGUCAGAUGGAGCCAUCCAGAGAUGUUAGCGGAGGAAGUGACAUCAGAGGCAAAGAAAGAGUUUGAGACAGCUGCAACUGCAUUUAUGGCAGAGACUCUGCAUCUUGGUGUUCACCUCUGCCCUGAGGGAUUAUGGGGGUUUUACGCAUUUCCUAGUUGCUACAACAACCGUGGCCAAGGAGAGAGCGGCUACACGGGGCAGUGCCACAAUGGCACUGAGAAGAUGAAUGACAGACUGGCGAAACUAUGGCAAGAGUCCACCGCCCUGUAUCCAAGCAUUUAUUUGUUGGGUAAGCUAGCUGGGCACAAAGAUGCUCAACUCAUGGUGAGACACCGUGUGUUAGAGGCCCUUCGUGUGGCAUCCCAUCAUUCACCUGGCAGUAAAGCACUUCCUGUGUUUCCUUAUGCCAGAGUGGCGUUCAUACACACACUGGCGUUCCUGAAUAAGACAGAUCUGGAGCAUACACUAGGUGAGAGCGCUGCUUUAGGUGCAUCUGGAGUUGUCUUAUGGGGUGAGCUGAGUUUUGCCAAGUCAAAGAGGCAAUGUACCCUCCUGCGCAACUACCUACAGUCAGUAUUAGGGGAUUAUGUUGCCGCCCUUCAGGCUGCUGUGAGGAGCUGCAGCAAUAGACUGUGUAAUGCCAAUGGACGAUGUACCCGGCGUGACCCUCACUCGGGUUACAUGAUACCUCUCCUCCAUGACAAUUACAAAGCUGAUUUUCUCAGCGACAUGAGAAGAAAAUUCAAGUGCGUGUGUUAUGAAGGAUGGAGUGGAGGGAAGUGUAAAAAACAAGAGUGAGCAAAUGCAUUUUUUCACUCUCAUGUUGUUUCAAACCUGUAUACAUUUAUUUUUACUGAUGAACACGAAGGAAGGUAUUUUGAGGAACGUUU